UUGUUCACGCAUUGUUUCUCCGUUUCUGUUCACAGAUGUGUGGUCAGAGAACUGCAAGCGGGGAGGUUAUGCCUAGGUCGUGAGAUCCAGUGGCUGAAAGUGGCGCUUUGUUUGCUGAUCUGAGACCCUAGCACGAGCAACAGUCAAUAGACAGCGUCUACGGGGUUGCCUUGACGCCGAAUUUCUACCCUACGUACAUUGUGACUGGACAAACAUGAUCAACGUCUCUGCGACUCAGCUGCUCUUUGGGCGUUGCCAGUCGUCUUUGCUGUGUCGCGAGCUUUCAUGAGACGUGGAUAUAAAUUAUUAUGUAGUGGGGAGAUACUAUUCUAGCACAGCAGAGGGUUUUUUCUACAGCGAAUGAAAAGACACGACACCAUGUUCGCGGGGAAAGCUUUACCGGUUCAUGUCCACCACCCAGGGCAUGCAGAAAUGUGGUGAGGAUGUGACGUGAUCAAUGCAUCAUCUUCACCUUCAGAGUUCCGCCGACGGCUGUCGUCUGAAUCAGUUUGUCACGUUCCUCUACGGCUUCGCCAAGGAGAACUUCACCUCGUCUCGGAGGAGCGGGCAGCCGGUGCAGGAAGUGGGGAGAGGCACGGAGGAGGAAGGAAGGAGCGGAGGAGGAGGAGGAGAGGAGGUUGUUCGGGACAUGGCGCUGCCCUCCCAGAAUGACGUCACCAAACCACCACCGCAAGAGAACAUCCCCGCCACUCUCCUCUCACGCCCGACUUCCUCCCUGCGCUACUCGGGGUCAGAGGAGGAAGUGGCGCGGCCCAGGAGGUCAAAGUCAAGGUCGCCGCGAUGCUCGACGUCGGAGAACCUGCAGAUGCUCAACCUCAGAGAGCACUACGAGAUCGACCGAGAUCUGGGCAGGGGCACCUACGGGAAGGUCGUUCAGGCCACUUGUAAAGACACCGGGACGAAGAUAGCCCUAAAAAUUCUUCCAAAAUCCUCAACGAAACUUCGAGAUUUCCAAAGAGAGUUCAACUUCAGCUAUUAUCUGUCUCCGCACGCAAACAUUGUGGACAGCUACAACGUCGCUUUUGAAACGAGAGCCAGCUACGUGUUUGCUUUGGAGUACGUUCCGAUGGGCGAUUUGUUCGAUUUCAUCCCUCCGCAAAUCGGAAUGUCGGAAGCGAACACGAAACUCGUCAUCCGGCAGAUUUCCUCCGCCGUGGAAUUCAUGCAUAGCAAAAAGCUCGUCCACCGAGACAUCAAACCCGAGAACAUUCUCGUCAUGUGUCCAGAUUUCUCCAGAGUGAAACUGAUGGAUUUCGGCAUGACUCGGCGAGAGGGUGCGAUGGUUCGAAAAACAAAUGGCAGCAUUCCUUACACUCCGCCGGAAGUAUGCGAGGCGGUGAGGAACGAGAGUAUUCUCGUCACCACCGGCGCAGAUGUGUGGGCCACUUCCGUUCUCCUCUUCUGCAUGCUCACCGGAAACUUCCCCUGGGAAAACGCCGACAUCGGGGAUGUAUACUUCAAGGAGUUUAUCCUGUGGCAGAGGCGAAAGACAACCAAAAUACCGUCACAAUGGCGGAAAUUCUCACCCCGAAUACUCAAGUUCUUCCGAAAGACUCUCGACAUCAAACCCAACCGCCGUAGCUCGGCGAAAGAAAUCAGCAAAUACAUUUCCGACCCGUGGUUGAUGCAAGCGACGGACAUCAGCGAGCAGGAGUCCGACUCGGGCACGGAGAGUGAGCAGCAAGUCGACCAGUUAUCGCUAAUGCUGAGGGACCACGGGAUCGACACACGCGUGGACAAACGUCUGCGAGAGAGAAGGAUCUCUGAGUGGCUCCUCUCCUUAUGACUAGCUUCCCGCCGCGCCCUGCUAAAGCCCUUCCUCAUGUUGGUAGAAGUUAUCCUACUGCUAGUACUGCUAGCAGUCGCCGGUCUGCGCGUUCUUCUUGCCAACAGUAACAGCGCUGAGAAUCUUUCCUACACUCUGUUGUUAAGCCUUGGGUUUUUCUUAGGCUUGUGGCCUUUUAUCGCACCCGUGUUGGAGGAGAAGGAGGCGAAGAAUGUUGGACAUCCCACUUCCCUGCCAAGCUCCUAAUGUAUGGCAAUAUUAUCAUUAAUUAAGCUUCUCAAUGCUCCUCUCCAGAAAAUUAUCAAUAAUAAUAUUAUGCAAAAUAGCUAUGUUUUGCAUCGAUGUACAUGUACAUACAAAAGCUAAAUUAUUAUUAUGGUUAUGGUUAUGGGCUAUAGUGUCUCUGUCUGUAAAGAAGACAUCCAAAUCUGAGUGAUAUAAAUUAUAAUGACUGAUGAAGGAAGACUUCUUGUACCGUUCGCAGGACGUCUCAUCCUUGUUGUUGUUGUUGUUAGUGCCAGCAUUACUGCUGCUGUUGUUGCUGUGUUUUGCGCUGUACAUUACAAUAAUUUAUGUUAGCGGGCGGAAGUGACGUUUACUUUUCUCUACAACGACUACAACAUACGUAGCAUGCGUAAGAAGAAAAGUAGACAGCAGUCCCGCACCGAUUGUUAACGUUUGCUCCUCCGUUCCCUGCAUAUGGGCGUGGAGUUUUGUUUGCAUUUUUGGACAUGAGUAGAUUGUAUAUUAUGAAUCACAUGUCAACAUGUCAUCUCUUGCAUGUAUUUCCGUGUCGAUAAAAUAAUUAUAG